AUGAAGUUCUCUACUGUUAUCGCUGCUGCCUCUGCUUUCGUCGCUGUCAACGCCGCCAACUCGUCCAACGGUUCUUCCUCUAACGCUGCCCCAGCUGCCGGUUCCAACGCUGUUGGUUACACCGCUGCCGGUGCCGCUGUUGCCGGUGCCAUUGCCUUGUUGAUGUAA